AUGCCCAAGAUCCGCACGACGCGCUCCAAGCCGCCGCCGGAGGGGUACGAGGAGAUUGCCUCGAUCCUCGACGACUACGACCGCGCGAUGCGCGACGCGGAAAACGAGAGCAACGAGGGAAAGCGCAAGGCCGAGUCGCUCUGGCCCAUUAUGCGCAUCAGCCACACGCGCUCGCGGUACAUCUACGACCUCUUCUACAAGCGCGACGCCAUCUCGCGCGAACUCUACGACUGGCUCAUCAAGGAGGGCUUUGCCGAUCCAAAUCUCAUCGCAAAGUGGAAGAGAAACGGCUACGAAAAGCUCUGCUGCGUGCGGUGUAUCCAGUCUCGGGACAUGAACUACCAAGGCUCGACAUGCAUCUGCCGCGUCCCCAAGUCGCAGUUGAGAGCGGGCACCGUCGUCGAAUGCGUACAUUGCGGCUGUCGAGGCUGCGCAUCAGCCGACUGA